AUGAACCCUGCAUCAGCUAGACCCACCACCGGUCGUUCCACCACAGCGCGGCCAACGACUGGCAGGCCUACUACAGGUCGUCCUGGUACACGUGCUGGUACCGCUGCCGCUCGUCCACCCACACACGGUCAAGGUGCUGCUGCUUACCCCUCACAAGAACACCAACAGCACCACCAAUACAUUCACGAAGAAUGGGAUGAGCAAGGCUACGAGUCUGAUGAUGAUGAUGGCCAUGUCUUUGCCUUUGUUCCUCCCGAUCUUGGCCCAGCACCCGAACUGCAGCAUAACCCACUCGACCCCUCGAUAGACAACCAGAACCGUCAACAGCAGCCACAACACCAAGACUAUGCUGCACAACAGAAUGCCGCCACCCCCAGUCCUCCUGCUGCUGCUGCCGCCGACGAGAAUGAGACCUAUUACUUUGACGAAGCUACCGGCGCUGUCUAUGAUUCGCAAGGUCGACUCGUCCAUGUCUCGGCUCAAAACUUGGCAGCAGCAACUGCACAGCCAGAUUCCCCAUCUCAUUCCCAAGUGCGUGGCCUGCAACAACAACAACAACAAGAUCCCGACCCAAGAGCUUCCCCAGCCUCCGAGAUCACCAUGAACGACAUUGCUGGCCAACGUGCAGUCGAUCCUUCACAGUCGCUCAAACCAAGAGUUUCCACCGACAGCCGUUCCUACGACUCAGCAAGCACUUUCACCCGUGAUGCAUCAGUCCAGCCUCUCAACCACGCUCGUUCCUACGCCGCCUUCCCGUCUAUGGACGCGCUCCCCGAAGUCGACUCUCUCCCCGCCAGUCGUAGUGGCACUUCCGACAUGCGUGCUGCCCUCCCCCACGGCACACGAGAUAUCGGCACCACUGCAAGUGGCGGCAUCUCCCUAGACCAAGCCAUCCCCGCCCAGGGCAAACGUCAAUCCGCACAAAUCGACACUUACGCCUCCUCUCUUCCCGAGCUUCGCCGCAGCCCCGAAAGCGACGAGAUCAAAUACCCCCUCGAUGCAGGAGACUACACCUACGAAGAUGCCUACAAGGAUGAAUUCCACAUGGUCAACUUUAACGAUCUUGGCCAAGGUCACGGGUUGGUUCAUCCCGCGAUCCAGUCUGCCGAGGUUGGGUCGCGAGGUGUUAGGAUGGUAGAGUUGGAGAUGGAGAUGGAAGAAGAUUCGCCUUAUCCGGAAGUGCGUGCUUCAGUUUCGAACAUCGAUGAUACCGAGAUGCCGGCGAAUACAUUGAGAAUGUGGUUCAUUUCUUUCCUCUUGACGAUUGUCGCGGCGGGUGCGAAUAUGUUCUUCUCGCUACGAUACCCUGCUCCGACAUUUACGAGUACUAUUGUGUUGCUGGUAGCAUAUCCGAUCGGGAAACUGUUGGCAGCCAUCAUGCCCAUCCGCGUCUGGACUCUGCCACGAUGGCUAGGAGGUGCCGAAUUCUCCCUCAACCCGGGUAUCUAUAACAUCAAAGAACACGCCCUAACCUCGAUCAUGGCCAGCAUCGCCAUCGUUACCGCCUACUCUUUCAACGUCAUCAUCGUUCAAGAUUCCGAACGAUUCUACGGCGAACCGCGUCCGAUUGGGUUUGAUAUCCUCUUCGUUUUGAGCGCACAAACCAUCGGUUUUGGUCUCGCCGGAAUGUGUCGCCGCUUCCUCGUUUGGCCAGCAAGCAUGAUCUGGCCACAAAACCUCGUCUCAGCUACCAUUUUAAACACUUUGCAUGCAGAAGAAGACGGUACAGAUGGAAGCAUGACCCGCUUCCGGUUCUUUACUGUUGUUGCCACAGGUGCUUUCUUUUUCUACUUUGUUCCCGGCUACCUUUUCACCGCAUUGUCGUUCUUCAACUGGGUUUGCUGGAUUUGGCCAAACUCCAUUCCUGUAAACCUUGUCUUUGGUACAGUAAGAGGGCUAGGGUUCUCAGUGCUCACGUUCGACUGGACGCAGAUCAUCUUUAUCGGAUCGCCAUUGGUUACACCUUGGUGGGCAGAGUGUAAUAUCUUUGCUGGUUUCGUUGGGUUCUUUUGGAUUAUUGCGCCCAUUAUGUAUUUCAAGAAUGUUUGGUAUCAGUCUUACCUGCCGUUCAACAGUUCGGCCUCUUGGGAUCGGUUCGGUAGACCUUACAACAUCUCCCGCGUCAUUCCGAAUGGGUUGGAUCUGGAUAAGGAGGCUUAUGAAGCAUAUUCCCCGCUCUACCUCAGCACUACUCUAUCCCUCGUCUACACAACCGGGUUUGCCAUGCUUACUUCGGUAUUGACCCACACCGCUCUUUAUCACGGCAAGGCCUUAAAGAAAGGAUUGCAGAGGAUUAGGACAGAAGAGGACGACGUACACGCAAAGUUCAUGCGUCACUAUCCCGAAACUCCCGAUUGGUGGUAUGCAUGCGUUUUCCUCGUCGCCCUCGUAUUCGGCGUUGUAAUGGUCGAAAUUUACCAUACUGGUCUUCCCAUCUGGGGCUUGGCCAUCUCAGUCCUCAUCCCAGCGAUCUACAUCCUACCUACAGGCUUCGUAUAUGCUAUGACAGGUCAAGCGAUCGGAACGAACCUAAUCGGAGAACUUAUCGUUGGGUAUAUGCUUCCUGGAAAACCACUGCCGAAUAUGAUCUUUAAGGCUUUCGCCCUGCAGGGAUUGAUUGGAGGAUUGCAGUUUGUACAGGAUCUAAAGUUGGGGCAUUAUAUGAAAAUCCCUCCUCGCUUGACCUUCAUCGCACAGCUAACCGGGGUUGUGGUCGCUUGUUUCGUCCAACUCGGAGUGAAGACUUGGAUGUUUUCCAACAUUGAUGGCCUCUGUAGUCCGAAUCAAGCGGAUAGCUUUACCUGUCCUCAUAUCAGUGUUUUCUAUACCGCCAGUUUGGUAUGGGGAGCAAUUGGACCAGCGAGGAUGUUCGGUACGGAAUCCAUAUACCGGCCUAUGUACUGGGCGAUGCUGUUUGGCGCUCUUAUCCCUAUUCCAUUCUGGCUUCUGGCUCGACGAUUUCCCCGAUCAUGGAUCCGCUAUAUCAGCUGGCCGGUGAUUUUCGCAGGCGUAAGCUACAUCCCUCCGGCCUCAGGCCUCAACUACGCAGCAUGGUUCAGCGUCGCUUUUGUCUUCCAAUACCUCGUCCGCAAGUAUAACUUCAGAUGGUGGAGCAAGUAUAACUUCGUUUUGGCAGCAGCCUUGGAUUCAGGAACAAUUAUUAGCACAAUUGUCGUCUUUUUCGCAUUACUCUUGCCGAAAAAUGGUAGUUUGCAGUUGAAUUGGUGGGGAAAUAAAGUAGUUGCUACAACUUUCGAUUCUAGAGGAUAUGCGCUCGAUAAUGUUCCUUACGGUGGUUUUGGUGAUACUCCUCACUACUGA